AUGAAGUUCAUCAACAAACGAUUCGUAGUAGAGAAUAAGGUGCAGAUGCGGAGGCUGAAGGAGCCCAUUCCGCUUUAUAAUAUCGACGGCACCCUGAACAAGGACGGAAGCAUCUCGGAAGUAGCAGUGCUACAGAUGCAUAUAGGAGAGCACGUUGAUAGGCGCCAAGCCCUUCUGGGCCCCGAUUCACCUCUUUUCGGCACUCGCAUCCCGCCCGGCACUUCGACUCAGUCUCCCAACACCUCGAUUUCGCCUUCGACGCUCUUCGACACCUUCGACGAUCUCGGAACAUCUUCCACAUUCGGCGAACAAUAG